AUACAAUUACAACUCUGUCUUCAUAAAGAAAAAAGCACAUACGAAGAAGGUUCUUUUUUUUUGUUCCCGUAUAAAAGUGCUGAACUCGCCAAAAAAAUAUAUAUUUAAGUUGCCUUUAAUCACAUUUUUAAAAUGGUUGUCUGCGCAAUGCAGAGCUUUGCGACAGAACAACAAUUGAAUGGCUGCAGUGCCAAGAAGUCGGCACAAACUACGCAGAUCAAAGACGCUGGAAUUGUCGAUAAUGGAAAUGGCGCCGAAGAAGAAGACCGCGAGGAGGGCGAAAUAGUCGAUGAAUUCGAAAUGAUCAUAUCCUCCGAGGACGAAGAGUUCAAACUGCGUGCCCGUAUACAGCAGCUCGAGGACAAGAGCAAGGAUAUUGAAAAGAUGGACAUGCUCUCCGCCAAUCUGGCCAAUCAAUAUAACUAUCAAAGGCCACAUAGAAUUGACAGAUAUUCACAGUAUCAGCACUUCUCGCCAAUCAGUGUGCUCUCGGAUGUGUCCAGCCUGUCGGAGGAGGAGUUUGAGCCGCCCAAAAAGUAUCGCAAGCAUAAAGCCAAGCGAAUGGAGGCCAAGAAACAUGGCCCACAGCUUAGACGCAAUCCGUUUGCCCAUCCCCAUCGAUCACAGCGCCAAGAGCAGCCGAAUCGCAAAAAGCGGCGUCACGAGCACCACAACAAUCAUUAUUACCAGCAGCAGCAGCAACAACAACAACAACAACAACAGGCAGCAAUUCUGCUGGACUCGCUGGACAGUGUGACAGAGGAUGAGAUCGGGGAGUAUGACGUGAAUGUGGAGAACGAGAACGAUGAUCAUGAGGAGCUGGAGCAGCUGAAAUUGAGCCGAAAUAAGCUGCGGAUGGCCCUGGCACGUACUGGGAACUAUGAUAUCAAGCCCAAGCACAGUCUGAAGGAGCGACUUCAGUAUCGGAUGCUUAAAUCGCCCAGUCCGAGCUCAAAUCCAAAGGAGAAGAAGGAAGAUCUGGCGCCGCACGCAUUUGAGAGCUACAAAGAUGAUGAUGCCAAUGCGAUAGAGGAGGAGCAGGAGCAACAGCAGCAGUCGCAUCAGCAAUUACCGCAGAUUGAUGAACCGCCGGAACUCAAGCUGCGAAUAAUCGCACUCAAAUCGGCCAUAUUAAAGAAGCAUAUGGCGCGCAAGAAGCGGGAUGCAGAGCGUGCUUAUUCGCCCACAGACAUGAUCAACCGCGUGCAUCAGCCGAGUACGGUAAGCAACGAGUGCGACGACAUUGAUGACCUCAUGGAGAUUAGUCCGGCAGCGUCGCCGGAGCGCACAACGUUCAGUCCGCCAGCGGCUAACUUGGAGGAGCCUGUGGAUAUGGAUCUGGCGCAGACGGACAGCGAUGAGGAUAGGCAACAGCAGUGGCCACACAACUGGCAGGCGACGGUCAACAGCGAUGAGAGCUGGCGCUGCUUUUUACCCAAUUCACUGCCACCCGUUUCCAUGCCCAUCGUGAUCGAUGAUGAUGAGGAGGAGCAGCAAGAGUAUCAUCAGAAUAGGAAACAGCAGCCGUUUGACGAUGAUGAUGAUGACGAAGUGCCUCCGCCACCACCUUCAUUUCACAUUCCACACAUGCAGCUGGAGGACGACGAUGCCAGGGAUGCAAUGCAUUUGAGCGAACAGCAUUCGCAUCAUGGUUCUUUCACCGACAUACAAUCGAUCUCAAUGGACAAUUCACAAACUCAAACUCUAACCUCUCGCACAUUUCAAGCUGAGUCCAGCGAGGAUGAGGCGGGUGCUCUGCGUGCCAUGCUACUCUCUAAGCUUAAGCCCACAACUCCUAUAGCUGCCAAGGAAGAGAAUACAUCUUCCAUUCAAAAAGAAGCCGAUGCUCACGACUCCGAUGAUCCCGACGAGCUGCGUCUGCUUUUGCUCUCCAGCAUUGCGUCCAAGAAGAAGAGUGAGCCCGAGGAAACCACUGGCGAUAGUCCGGAGAUACUCAAGAAGGCCGUUCGCCGCUUCCAGGUGACUUCCUUGCAGUCUUCACAAGCAUCAUCGACUGAUGCAACUGAGCUUGAGCCGGCCGAAGAAACGGUUGCUACGCUGCAGCAGCAAUUGCUCUUGCCUUUGUCACUGCCAGACUCUGUGCCUCAGCCUGUGACUGUGCCCAUGCCUGUGACUGAGCCUACGCCUGCUUCUGCUCCUGCCCCUGCCCCUGCUCCUUUGCCAGUUCCUCCGCCAGAGCUGCCAGAGGAGGUUUGUGAAACAGCAGCCACUCCUACGCCCACAGCACCAACUGUCCUCUCAUCAUCGACAGACAUUAUCAAGAUUGUGAAACCCAACAAGGUAAUCAAUAAGAAGACCGCACCCAAGCGCAAGAUUUCAAAACUACCUCCUCAAUCGCUGGCACCGCCUCUAAAGCGCCCGACAACGCUGCUGGUCAAGGAGUCAGUGGCUCCACUACACGUUCGGAAUGGUGGCAGCUCAACGCGACUGAUAACCACUCUCGAUCCGACGAGCAUCAAGGUAAACAAGCUGGUCAUUACUCUCGCCGAAUCCUCGGCUGGCAGUGACGAUGAGCUGGAACUGAGAAGAUGCUACGCCAACUACGCAAACUACGCCGACAAUCCAAGUCCCUUCAGCCCGGCAAUGGAUAGCGCCAGCAAUUCUACCACCCGGUCAAAUACUCCCAUCUCAGAGAUUCUCGAUUCGUCGACGGCGCCCAACAACUCUAAUUUGCGACGCACCGUAAUAAAUGAGUACUUCGAGAAGAAACUGGAUGAUUUCCUAAAGCAGGCGCGCUCCAAGGUGCCAACCCCUUCACCCCUGGUCUUGACCAAACCAAAGGCGGAUGGGGAAAAUGCAGAAAAGACAAAACUAGAACCAAAACUAACUCAAAAACCUGCACCAGUGCAGCAAAGCAACAAAGCAAAGCCAACGCCUGUGGCUGUGCGACACUUGCCGGUGGCAUCACAAAAAGAGUACUUGCGUCUAAUUGAGCGCAUGCAGUUGCUUGAGAAGAAGAAAAUCGUUGGAGCUGCCAAAGGAACAGUUAGCAAAAAGGACAAUGCAACCGCAUCGAAUGCUAAAGCCAAAGCUGAGAUCGAAAAGACGGCAACAGAAACAACUGCAAAUGGAGCAAUGCCAAAGACUGCGUCAGUUGAAAGCAGCAAGGAUAGCGAUAUGCCAACCACGUCCAAGACGACGGAAAAGAUGCCAUCGAAGGAAAGCCGGCUGAAGGCAUUUGAAAGUUCAUUUCUUAAAAUCGGCGGCAGCAUGAUUACGAACCUGGAAAAGUCGAUACGUAUGGUGGAGGAGGCGAAGCUGUCAAAGAUCGCACGACUGCGUUACUCGCACCGCUAUGAGGAACUGUUUGCAGAGAUGCAGUCCGUCAGGCAGGCAAUGAAGCUGGAGGAGGCGAAACUGUCGCGAAUACAGCCUGAAAUCCAAGCCAGCCAUGAGAUCAUCAUAUCGCUCAAGCAGAAGCGCAACAAACUGCGCAACGCUGCCAUGGAUCUGGGCAGUGGCCUUCAGGGCUCAGACUACAGGUUACUGGAUCCAGGCAAGGCUGAGAUAAUGCUCAAGUCCACGCAGCUAACCAAACAGAUUCGUUUGUACAACUCAAUUGUCAAAUAUGAGGACACCGUUACGUUGGCCGCCGAGGAAGCUCAACCAGAGUCAGAGUCCCAAUCAUUGCCAGCAACUGAAGUUACUCCACAAUUUAUCGAUACCAACGGCAUCAACAGUGUCACUCAAAAGCAGACUGAAAAUGAGAAUGAGAACGAGAAAGAGAAAGAGAUCAGCAUUCAGCAAGAGGAGCUAAAGCAGAAGGAGCAACCAAUUGGAUGUGAUUCGAUAGAAGUAGCAAUGGCAGGAGAAGAUGCAGCGACGAUUGAGACACAGCUGGACGUUGAUACAACGCCAAGAGAUUCAGCAGAUAACAUGGCCAGCUUCGACUUCCGUACGCAGCCUGUCCAAGAUGUUUCGCCCUACACCGUCAGCUUUAUGCGAGAACUAUGCGCUUCAUCUGCCGGAGAAGGGGAAUCCCUGCUUGGAGAGUACCGCACUCCGAUGUCGCGCAACUACAACAGCCAGCUGAAUGUCAAUGCCACCGUCUGUCCCUUUGAGCUGAUGGGUCGCUGCGAGGAUGUCGACUGUUCGUACCUGCAUUUGACGCGUGUGGAGAUGGAGGUAGAGUCGGCGUCAUCUGCCACGUCCACAGCCGCUGCAGCCAUCUGAGUCACACUGAGCUGCUGCAGCGACAACAUAUUUCUUUAAAAACCACAAAAAAAAGCCAAAAACAGAAACAAAAAUUCAUUUUUAAUAGCGUGCUUGAAUUCUGGUAAGUUGAACUCUUCACGCGACUUUAAAUUUAAAUGUUGCUUUCAGUCAUCGAGCGACAAGACGAACAACAACAAAACAACAACAACAGUACAAGAAACAAAUACUAAUGAGUUCGCAGAUCGAUCGAGUGACUGAAUAUACAUAUAUAUAUUUAAUUAGAUAUAUAUGUAUCUCGUUUCUUGUUGAAACAUGUUUGUUACAUACAUUUAUAUAUCGUAAAGUUACAAUUCACGUGGUGUUGUUAACUAGUGCAAGUUCGAUGUGAUGUCGGGCCCGGAACUUCCUUUAGUCCCGUUCGAACGGAUUGUGCA